AUGGCUGUGACUUGGGGACAAAACCAAACACAUGUGUUCGGCACACCAGCCCCAGGAGGAACUCCUGGAUCAGCACCUGGAGGAACACCACAGCCUUCGGCCUUUGGGGCACCUUCACCCGGUCCAGCUCCAGGGGGGCUCUUUGGUGCUUCGACACCAGCCCCCAGUGGAGGAUUGUUUGGAGCCCCAUCACCAGCUCCCACUGGAGGAAGUUUGUUUGGCGCUCCAUCCACUGGAAGUCUAUUUGGUAAUACAGCACCAUCGCCUGCCCCAGGAGGUUCUAUGUUUGGGUCGACGACUCCUGCGCCGGGACCUGGCACGAGUCUAUUUGGAAGUAGUAGUACCGGUACGAGCUUAUUUGGAGCCCCAGCCCCUUCUUCUUCGGGCAGUCUCUUUGGAUCCUCGGCACCUUCCGGCUUUUAUGGAUCGAAUUCUAAUGCCGCAAAUACAGCGCAGCCGCCACAGCCUCAAAUCCCUGCACAAGCUGCCUUGCAAGCCCACUUGAAUGCUUCUGCACAGCAAGAAGCCGAUCGAGUGCGAUCCAAACUAGAAUCCUUACAUCGAGCCUAUACCAGCGGAUCUACUGCCACAGUAACUGCAGGAAACAAUCCUUUUGUCGCCAUUGUCUACAAUGACCUGACUCCGGAACAGCGACAAAUGCAAUGGGUCCAGGGAAUGGGAAGCCAUACCAAUGUCAUUUUGGAACCCCCAAAGCCACCACAAAUAUCCCAAGAAGAAUGGAGCAAGGCAGUGGUCAAUAAUCCAGAUCCACACAAUUAUAUGCCCAUCCCUUUAGUUGGAGGAGUUGCACUUCAAGCCCGAGUCUCCUGGCAGCAAGAUCGCGCCAAGGAACUUUCCAAAAAUGCUUCCAUUUUGCACAAAUCGCACGAAACCGUCCAACAGCGAGUGUCGCAAACCCUUCAACAGCUAAACCAGAAAAUAGCCUCGCACAAAGAACUCCAGCACCAACUAUUACAAAUGAUGAAAAAGGUCGAAGUCGUCCGCUGCAUGAAUCAACCCUUGCAACCAGAUGAAUUUCAAGUCAUGCAACGGUUGCAACAAGUCAUGCAAAAUCUGGAGCAGGUCCAACGUGUCAUGGUCGCCAUCCAAGACAAGGCCCGAGCACAUCAAGAAACUCAACGGUCCAUCAACCGAACGGCCAACAGUACCGCCAAGCAAGGACUGCCGCCUACCGAAAAACUGCUUCCAGUGUUGCAAAAGCAACGACAACAACUGGAAACUUUGACAACACUGGCUGGAAAAGACAAGCGAGAUGUCGAACUGAUUGGAACACGGGCUGCACUCACAGUUCCUUCAGUGGGGUACUAA